CUGCCGCAAACACAGCAAUAGAUGAACAGAUUUUUAAAAAAUCCAUUUUUUCGAUGAUCUUUGGCGACCCCUGACAAAUCGUCAAUCGACCCACAAGGGGGUCGUGAUCCACGUAUAACUCAAAUAACCCCUGAUCUAGAUCUAGCGUUGGAACGGCGUAGCUGGCCUGAAUCAAGACUAGUCAGUUACCACCUUCGAGUCCUUGCUUGAAUUUAUUCACACAGGCAGGCGCACACCAAAAAUCUAAAUCCAUAUGUUAAUAGAAAUUGAUACUAAAUAUGGCACAUAAACUUCAUUAUAACAGGAAAUGUUCUGCAACAAACAAGCUAUUCAGAUGUUCAACUUUAGAGUCACUACUAAGCAGAUCUCAUAAUUUUAGCUGUAAGUCUGAAAUGUGCAGACAUUUCAUUUGUUUAGUUUUAGCUUGUACAACCCUCUCUGCUAAAGCUGAAUCAAGAGGCACUGUGAAUCAAACAGAUUUUCUGCAUAGGCAUGACAGUUCUGUCAGUAUUUUUGACUUAACUAAAAAUAAAACCUUUGCCAAUAGUUCACAUUCCUAUGAAAAGACACCAAAGAAUGUAGCUGCUCAGUUGUCUCAACAUCAGUUUAUUCCAAAUAGCUCAAACCACAUGUUUGAUGUAAGUAUGGAAGGUAAACACAUUAUCAUCAAACUCUUCACCAAGUACCACAAGGAAUCUUUCAUAUCUGUUAAAGAUUUACACAAAUUGUUGACUAAAAUAAAAGAGAGAGUUUUAACAAGCCAUGGUCAUCAUCAUACUGUGCACACUUCUGAGCAUGAUGAGCUGGAACCUACUCAGGACUUGAAAGUAACAAGAGAGACAACCUCUGAAACAGUUGGUGAUGUUUCUGUAUCACCGUCUAACUUAGUGCAUACGGGGGACUCUCAACUUGAAAUUGGUCAACAAAUGAAUAAGACAGACAUUGACACAGAACAUUGUCUACGCUUGGAUGAGAUGCUUCACAUUUUUAAGUUCAGUCAUUUAAAAAGGUUAGGACCGAGAGAGUUUCUACACUUAUGUCCUGUCUUGAUUGAUCAGUUAGAUUCUGGUUUCUGUAAGGCUGAGUCAGAAUUAAAAGUUGUACCCAUCCUUGAAGAUCCUCAUGAUAAUCACCAGCAUCAUGAACAUGACCAUAGUAGUGACACCAGCCAUGAUGUUCAUGUAAUCAAUGCUACAGACACAACACCAUUCCAUGCUCCUAUGAAAGCCUGGUGUUUCACAUUUCUGUCCAUCAUCAUCAUCAGUGUGUGCUGUGUUGUCGGGGCCAUCAUUAUCCCCAACAUGGAAAAGGUGUUUUACAAUCACAUCCUGCAGUUCCUUGUGGCUCUGGCUGUUGGUGCCAUGUCAUCCGAUGCCAUGCUUCAUUUGUUACCACAUGCUCUGUUGUCUGAAUCUCACCAUGCUAACCAUCAUCAUAAACAUGACAUUGAUGACAGACAGUUGCAGAAUGACACCAAGAGUGGGAAGUUGACAGAUGGCCAGACAUCUAGUCAUAUGACUGCAUUGUAUAAAGGUCUGGUGGCCUUGAUGGGAAUGUAUGGUUUCUUCUUUCUAGAGCGCUGUUUCACUCACUUCACUCAACACAGAGGGAGGAAAACAAAGAGCAAGAGUCUAAGAAAAACUUCUUGCAAUGAAGAGUCAAGGUCAACAAUGCUAGGCUCAACUUUGGAGGCAGAAAGUUUCAAUAUGGCUUCCUGUGAUGCAGUGGUCAUGGUUGUUCAUCCUAACAAAGCUUUGAAAGCCUAUGCUGAUGUUCGUCAUGAGGCAUUACUACACAGCUGUGAUGAAUCAUUGAUCUUGUCUCCAUCAGGAUCUGAUGUCACUGGGGCUAAGUCAGGGGGUAAUGGCACCAAAAACUCUGUGAUUGGAAGUAUUAGUGAUGCUGUCGUCACUCGUAAAGCAUCCACAAUUUUGGCUAAGAACCCAGCUAGUGACAAUACUAGCAAAAGUGAAACCAACGGACAUCCCUCCCCAUGUGAGAAAAGUGGACAUGGUGAUGCUAUUUGUCUAGGUGCUGAGACAACAAGGUCAUAUAAUAAAACCACUGAACAUUGCCACAGUCACAGGAAUGUUGGAAAUCUCAGAGAAGUUCUGAGCUCUGUGGCCAUGAUGGUUGUAGUAGGGGACCUCAUCCACAGUUUUUGUGCUGGGCUUGCUAUUGGGACAGCGUAUGCAGGAAACACUUUAGGUGGUCUGAGUACUUCUGUUGCAGUAUUUUGUUAUGAGCUUCCACAUGAGAUAGGUGAUUUAGCAGUGUUGAUGAGAUCAGGUUUAACCAGGAAGAAAGCUGUUUGUUUUAAUUUACUGUCUUCUCUGCCCAGUUUCUUUGGAGCAAUCAUUGGUUUGUCCAUUGGAAAUAUAGGCUCAGCAUCUGUAUGGAGUUUUGCUGGUGUUGGCGGCAUGUUUCUCUACAUUACCUUAGUGGACUUGGUACCUGAAAUGACAUCUGUUUAUACAAAGCCAGGUGAACCUUGGUUUCUACAUCUGCUUUUACAGGCCAUUGGAAUCUCAGUAGGUACUACUCUCGUGCUAAUCAUCAGUGUCUCUGAAGAAUCUCGGACAUUGUCCCAUUCAUAAUUGGUGGAAAUAUUAAUAUGAAUUAAAAACAAUCCAUUUAAAUUUUGACAAUCCAAGUUUUAGAUCUGAUUUAUCUCUCUAUUUAUUGACAUUAGUACCAUCUAGUCAUCCUCACUUUUUCUUAGCAAACUAUUUAUUAGUAGCAGUUUGCUUUAGCUGGUAAUGGGCUUCUAAGAUUUUUUGAAAAUUCUUUCCGGUGCAUGCAUGUUAAGUUUUUAUUUGCUAACAUUUUUUUGUUGUUUUCAUUUUUUUUUUUAAAGAUUUCUUUUGAGAAAAUGUAAUAUAAAGUAUAUGUACAAACCUUUUAGUUUUACUGUGUGCCUGUCCUAUAUAUCAUUUUGUUUCUAGUUAUUUAUUAGAUUUAAAUUAUUUAAUGUUCACUUAGCAUUGGAUCAAAAAACAUAAAGACAAAAAUAUUGGUGUAUCCUUUUUCCAAAGUAUCUCUCCUAUUAAAUUAUUUCCUAAGUAUCUCUCCUAUUAAAUUAUUGCCUAAGUAUCUCUCCUAUUAAAUUAUUUCUUAAGUAUCUCUCCUAUUAAAUUAUUUCUUAAGUAUCUCUCCUAUUGAAUUAUUGCCUAAGUAUAUCUCCUAUUAAAUUAUUGCCUAAGUAUAUCUCCUAUUAAAUUAUUGCCUAAGUAUAUCUCCUAUUAAAUUAUUUCCUAAGUAUAUCUCCUAUUAAAUUAUUGCCUAAGUAUCUCUCCUAUUAAAUUAUUGCCUAAGUAUCUCUACUAUUGAAUUAUUGCCUAAGUAUCUCUCCUAUUAAAUUAUUUCCUAGGUAUCUCUCCUAUUAAAUUAUUUCCUAGGUAUCUCUCCUAUUAAAUUAUUUCCUAAGUAUCUCUCCUAUUAAAUUAUUUCCUUAGUAUAUCUUCUAUUAAAUUAUUUCCUAAGUAUCUCUCCUAUUAUUUCCUAAAUAUGUCAUUUUUUGUCACUCUCCACAGUCAGUUGUUUUCCUAUAACACUUGUGUGUGUAUUUGUUAUCAAAAGGGUACUUUGUUAUCAUGAGGGUAAUUUUAUUUUUGAAAAAUGUAUUUUUUUAGUAUCAUGACAAUUGAUUGUUUGUAUUUAGAUCUCUACUAAUGCAUUCAAUGAAUCUUGUUCUCUGUCUCAACUUUCCUUAUACUCUCUAUGGACUUUAGUUGCUGCUAUAACAUUUUGUUUAGUGAGUGCCAUUUUGUUGAAUACUUUCAUUAGAUAUCUUCAAAUCAGUAUCCAGAACAAAUCUGAUGGGUUUUCCCAAAGAUAUUUUUAGUCUAUUUUCAUUGACAUAACUUUAAUUUUUUUUCUGAGAAUUAAACGUUUAAACCUUUAAGUUCUGCUGGUAAUAAAUUGAAACGUACUUUCUGUCAGUGAAGUUGUUGGCUGAGAAUUCUUCUCUCUACUUUAUAUUGACAUUUAUUAUUAGUAAAUAAGUUGAAAAUUCCUCAAUUUGAAAUGUCCUCUCCACACUUCAUAUUGACAGUUUGAAGGUCAAAUUCAUUCCAUUCAUUUAUUAAUUGACUGAUAUUUCAAAGAAGUUGAAUUGUAUUUAUGCAAUUUUUGUCACAAUAUUUUGAUCAUCAAAUACUUCAUUCAGUUUUCUUAAAUGCUUUUACAAAUGACAAGGUGAUAUGAAAUCAAAUCCAACUCAAACAAAUAUUUAUUUAUUUUUUUAAAAAUGCAUUUUUUAUCAAAGUAUUGUUUUAUAGUUAUUGAUUACCGGUACCCAUAAUGCAACUUAACAAGACCAGAUAAUGUUCCAUGCUUAUAUCUAUGAUACUUAAAGUAGAUUGAUUUACCUUACAUUUAGAAUGCUUUGGAUUUCUGUUGCUUCUGUGACAUUAAAAAAGAAUUGUUGCUACUGUAUCAAAGAAUAUUUUGUUUACUAAUGUAUUUGCCCUAGUAUUAUAUUACUGCUUCAGGACUGGUUUAUGAUAGUAACCACUGUAUAUGAUUAUGUCUUAGUCAACAUUUGUUUUUCUAUUAUGACAUUGUCCUAGUGUGAUGACCACUUACAAAGCAUUUCAAAAUAUAUCAAUUAGUUUUAUGUUUCUUAUAGAAUCUGUUUUUUUUUCUCAAGUUUGAUGUGAAAACAAGAAAGUUUAAAUGACAUAAGAUUUGCAUUUAUGCACUACGGCAUUUCAAUUUAAACUCUCACCUAGAUAGCAUUUAGAAAUCGUUGUUUUGAAUUAGAUUUAUCAAAUAUUUACUUAGGCCAUCUUCACACUAAGUAUCAUUGCAUUCUGAUGCUGUCAAAACGAAAUGCCAGAAAACACUUUAUUAUUCAAUGAAACCAUCUCAAGAAAUCCUUACUCAAAACUGUUGCCAAUAAGACUACUACAUCAUCAGUGUUUCUAAAGACUAUGGAAAGAUGCAAAGUGUAUUUUAUAUGAAUGGGACGCCAAGCUGUGCCCUAAAUAUUUUGGCAUACAUUUCUUAGAUAUAGUCUGAAUUCCUCUUUUUCUUUUAGGUGGGCUUUUCUUGAAUAAAAGAUUUUCUUUGAGAGCUUCCUUCCAGCCCUCCCCUCACCCCCACUUUUUCAAUCCUGUCUGUAGAUUGAAACUUUCAGAAUGUCUGAGAACUUCUUUUUUUUUCUCUUUUAUAGAAGCUAACAAUUGAAAUGAAAAUUAAUGUUUAAAAGAAUGAAAUAUAUAUAUAUAUAGUUCGUCCAUUGUGGUUCGAUGAUGACCACUUUGUCAUCCAGGGGGCUGAGGGGUUUGCACUGGGGUUUUAUGCCUCCUCAUGUGGCUGGUGAGUCCUAUGUGAGACCGGAAUGUUUGGCUGCACACUGGGCAGGUUAUUCCAGCUGGGGCUAGUGUCGUUUGCCUUGCUUUUCUUCUCUGGCGUUUUUCUUCUGCCAGCUUUGUUCUUUUUUCCUCAGCAACCUGAGCGCCAGUUUUCACUGCGCGACGCCAUGAUGCUCUGUCAUGUGCCUCUGUCUCCCAGGUGCCUGGGUCUAUGCUGAACGCCUUCAUAGAAGCUUUGAGGGUGUCCCUGAAGCGCUUUAUUUGACCACCUUGCGAGCGCUUUCCUUCGCUUAGUUGGCCAAACAAGAGUCUUUUAGGGAUGCGGUGGUCUUCCAUUCUGCAGACGUGACCUGCCCAUCGCAGCUGGGACUGCAUCAGGAUUGUGUGGAUACUUUGCAGACACGCCCUUCGAAGGACUUCAGUAUCUGGUAUUUUGUCUUGCCAUUUGACAUUCAGUAUUUUUCUCAGACAUGUCAUGUGGAAGUGGUUCAGUUUCUUUGCAUGUUUUCUAUACACUGUCCAUGUUUCUGAGGCAUAGAGCAAUGUAGGGAGGAUGACGGCUCUAUAGACCCCUAGCUUUGUAUUUGUGGUGAUAUCACGUCUGUUCCAGACAUUUUUAGACAGUCUGCCAUAGGAUGCACUGGCCUUGGCGAUGCGCAAGUCGAUUUCACUAUCGAUUUUUCCGUUUCUUGAGAGUGUGCUGCCAAGAUAUGCGAAUUUGUCCACUGCGUUUAUAACCUGUCCAUUUAUAGUGAUUCUUGGAUCCGAGUAGGCUUUCCCAGGACUUCAGUCUUGUUUGUAUUAAUGGUAAGGCCAAAGUCUGAGCAUGCUCUUGAGAAGUCACUGACGAUGCUCUGCAGAUCAUUUUCAGAGCAGGCAUUUAGGGCACAGUCGUCAGCAAAUAGCAAGUCUCUGAUUUUGCUUUAAGCCGCCUCAGGUUGAAUAGGCCACCAUCAAAUCUGUAUUUAUAUAUAUAUAUAUUUAUCCCGUUGUUUUCUCUAUUUGUGAAUGCAUCUGUCAGCAUAACGGAGAACAUGAUACUGAAUAGUAUAGGUGCUAGGACACAGCUUUGUUUUACCCCGUUUGAUACUUCGAAGGGCUCUGAUGGUUCUCCACUUUCUUGGACAAGAGCCUUCGUGCCAUCAUGAAAUAGUCUCACCAUGGUUAUGAAUUUUCGUGGACAGCCAUACUUUGACAUAAUCUUCCAUAGUCCUUCUCUGCUAACAGUGUCGAAUGCCUUUGUUAAGUCGACAUAUACUGAGAACAGGUCAGCAUUUUGUUCUUGACAUUUUUCCUGGAGCUGCCUUGCUGUAAAGAUCUUGUCAAUGGUUCCACGCUCUUUUCUGAAGCCGCACUGGCUUUCUGGUAGUAGACCAUGUUCUAGGUGUUGCAUGAGCCGAUUUAGUAGGAUGCGUGCAAGGAUUUUCCAAGCAAUAGAGAGAUGAGAUAUUCCUCUGUGGUUAUCGCAGAUUUGGCGGUUUCCUUUUCGCUUGUAUAAAUGAACAAUCGUGGCAUCUUUAAAGUCUUGUGGUAUAGACUCUUUUUCUCACAUAAUUAAGAAGAGCUUAUGAAGUCUUUCAAUCAGGGCUAAUCCACCUUUUUUGUAGACCUCUGCGGGAAUGGAGUCUGCUGCUGGGGCUUUUCCGCUUGCGAGCUGUUGAAUGGCAAGAUCGGUUUCCUUUAGCGUAGGGGGGUCAUCCAUUUUUUCAUUUAUUGGUACUUGCUGUAGCCUGUCUAUGGCCGCUUCAUUUAUGAUGGAAGGUGUAUUGAGAACUUUUUCGAAGUGCUCUGCCCAGCGUUUUAGGAUUUCUUCCUUAUCUGUCAAUAGGAUUGUCCCAUCAGCAUUUAGUAGAGGGGAUGAGCCUGACCUUUUGGGUCCAUAGAUUUCGUUUAUGUCAUGGUAGAAGUUCUUGACGUGCUUGUCAGCAAAUUCCUGUAUUGUUUCCACUUUCUUGCUAAGCCAGGUAUCUUGCAUUUGGCGUAACUGAUAUGAUAUGAAAUAAAUGGUUAUAAGAUCUACAGAUUUACCAUAGUCUUACAUCGUUCUGAUGCAUUCCAUAUAAAUUACUGAUAUUUAACUAAGUCAAAACAUUACAGUUACUGUACUUAUUCAAUUUAUAAUCUUCAUGUGUUGAACAUUAUUUGUUAUUUUAGAGCUGCAUUGUUUAUGAUGAAGGAUAUUUUAAUGUAACAGUCAAAACAUUUUUCUUUUGUACUGGCAUUUAAAGAUAAGUCGCCAGUUUUUUUGUUUUUUUUUUUGUUUUACAUUAUUAUCAUUAAGUAAGUACACAAGUACAUUGAGACCAGUACAUACUUCUAUUACAGAUGCCAAUACAUUCAUUUUUUUUUUUGGACAUUUUAUUUGGAACCCUUUUUUUUUCUGCUUUGACUUUUAGUUGUCAAUACAUUUAUCUCCAUAAUAAUCGCUCUCCAACUAUUGUCUCAGUUCCACUGGACUGCUCCUGUGCUGUAUUGCCCUACACCCAGGAAGUAAUGUGAACAACGAAGUAGUACACAAGCUCUUAGAAUGUGUUUUAAUUUCAACUUGAAACAAACUCUUUAUUUUAAUCCUCCAUAUCUGUUGAGUUCUUUGUUUUUGUACUUAACGGGGCUGGUGAGAAGAUUUGUACAGCUUUUCUUUUCUCUCUUGCACUUGACAAAGCAGGAGGUUUUUGUUGUUUGAUUUCUUAUGACAAUGUUUUCAAAUGUCACUUUUACUUUAAAGUUAGUUUUCAACAUUUUAAUUAAAGAACUUUUCAAUGAA